AUGGUUAGCUCCAAAAAGGGCAGCGUCCUUUCGAAGAAACGGGCCCCCAACGAUGCUACUUCCCCAAUCAGCGAUAAUUUAACGCGAGAUGGGCGCAAAAGACGGAAAAAACAAAAGCUCAACAGUCUUGGGGCCACAGCUGACAGCAAGGUUUCGAGUGUCCUGGAUCAAUACAAGAAGUCGCUCGGCCCAGUGACCGGUUCUGGAGAUCCUUCGACCAAAAACAUAAUCCGUCAAGGAGAUAGUCAAGAACAGGCUUCCUUACGCCUAGAAAAGAUGCAAGGUGCUGUGCGAACUCUGUUAGAGUGCAUCGGCGAAGAUCCCGGCCGUGACGGCCUUCUGAAUACACCUUCGCGUUAUGCCAAGGCAUUGCUGUUCUUCACCAAAGGUUACCAUGCCAAUGUGGAAGAUGUUGUGAAUAACGCGCUAUUCCAUGAACGCCAUAAGGAGAUGGUCAUUAUGCACAUCGGUUACAUCCCCUCCAAAACCGUUAUUGGCCUCUCAAAGCUUCCUCGAGUUGCCGAGGUAUUCUCUCGUCGCCUACAGAUACAGGAGCGCCUGACGAAGGAGGUCGCUCAUGCCAUUAUGGCCAUCCUCAAGCCUCAAGGUGUUGCCGUCAUCAUGGAGUCUAGCCACUUGUGCAUGGUGAUGCGUGGCGUUGAGAAGACCAGCGCCACAACUCUGACAAGCUGCAUGCUGGGAUGUUUCGAGCAGAAGAGGAAGACACGAAAUGAGUUCAUGCAUUAUGUCGGAGUGGACAGAUAA